UGGGCAUUUAGGUUAAUCGGAGGAAUAAUUAUGUACUUUUUGUAAACUAAUUUUGAUUUGAAAUUCAAUUUGUACCACUUUACGAGGCGGAAAUAAGUUUGGUGACAGCAAAAUCGUUUAAAAUUUGUGAAAGCUUUUGUUAAGUAAUCAAUGAUGGCUAACUCAUACUCUGUACGCGUCUCGAAUGGGUGCAAAAGUUACCAGUUCGGAGUCCCCAUUUUGACCAAUUUGUCCAUGGAGGUGGAAACUGGGACGAUUUACGGAUUACUAGGAGCGAGUGGAUGCGGAAAGACGACGCUGCUUAAUUGCAUCCUCGGCCAGAAAAAGUUGGACUCUGGAUAUAUUUCCGUGAUGGGGAAAGAUCCAGCGAAAUGUAUGGAUGACAUCGUGACCUCAAUCGGGCAUAUGCCUCAGGACAUCGCCCUGUACCCACUAAAAAUAUGUGAAAUAUUUGAAUAUUUCGGAAAGUUGAUGGGUCUAAGUAAGCAUGAGAUACUUUCUCGAGGGGACGAAUUGAGAAACGUGUUAAAACUGGAAGAUCUACACAGUUACGUGCAAACUUUAAGCGGUGGGCAGAAGCGGCGCGUCUCGUUGGCCGUGGCGUUGCUGAAUCAUCCCCAACUUUUGAUUCUUGAUGAGCCCACAACGGGAGUUGAUCCUUUGUUAAGAGAGUCAAUUUGGCAGUACAUUGCUGGGCUUGUAUCCAAAAUGGGAACAACUGUCAUUGUGACGACGCAUUACACAGAGGAAUGCCGAAAAUUUGACAAGAUUGGAAUUAUGCGGAGAGGUCGAAUUAUUGCGGAGGACAAUCCGCGCCAUCUCCUGGAACUGGGUGGAUCCCUGAUUUUAGAAGACGCGCUAAAAUCCAUUUGCAAAAAGGAUGAAGAGGACGGAAACGAUGUCUACAGUUUCCUCCCGACGGAAACACUCUCAAAGUAUAAAUAUGGCGAAAUAGAACCACUUGAUGGAGGGAUUGAACCUUUGUCUUUUCGGUUACGACAGUAUUAUUCGUAUCGUCCAGAAAAAGUGGGAAAAUCUGAUUCAAGUAAAAUGAAGGAACACAGCGAAAAAUCCAUCAGAGAGAAAAUUGCGGAGGAAUUUCGGAAAGUGAGCACCCUCACGAAACGGAAUUUUCUGCUGAAUUACAGGGUGCCAAUGUACUUAUCAGUUGCCCUCAUACUUCCCGCGGUUAACGCGUUUUUAAUCUACUACACGAUUGGCAGAGAUCCCAUUGGACAUGUGGUGUCCGUCUUUAAUGAAGAGGUGGACUGUUUCGGCGGGAAUAUCAAUUCCCCGCACGUGGAAGAUAAUCAGUCUUGGAGUUGCUUGCUCUUAAAGGAAAUUGGGCCCAAUAUAAUUCUGCAACCACACCUCUCGAAGAUUUCUGCGAAAGCGACCGUUGAGUUGGGUAGUGCGAUUGGAUUUAUGCACAUUCCUACCAAUUACACGAAACACUCGAUAAGCAGAUUUGCGUACUCAAGAUUCGCCAUGGAGCAGGAUUUAGAUGGGAGUACGGUCCACGUCUCGUUAGACUUAUCGAACGCGAUAACUGCCAGCUAUGUGUCGCGCGAAAUUUUGGAUGGAUACCAGAGAUUUAUGAAAAAUCGAGCCAGCGUUAUCGGAGUCGACCCAAGGACGGUAGAAGUUCCUCUCCAGUACAACGCAAAACUGGAUCCAUAUGAGUUUACAUGGCAGGACAGCUUCCUCCCGUCAAAUAUCAUAUUGACAAGCUUCGUAUUUUCUAUGAUUUGUGGACUUUCCUUCAUCCUGGAGAAAGAGGCUGGCACGUUGGAGCGAACCUUAGCGUCCGGAGUUAGCAUCCGCCACGUGAGAAUGUCCUACUUCAUUUCUGAAACUGUGACGUCCCUUAUGCAGGUCGGGAUCGUGUUUGCGAUCCGUUUCUUCACGGUGGGAUACAAUAUCAAGGGGCAGUUCGUCCUCUGUUUUGCCAUCGCUUUGUUGACCAGUCUGGUCAGCAUUGGGUUGGGUUUGCUAUACGGGACAAUGUUAUCCAAGCGAUUAGACGUCACUAUGGCGAGCUUGUUUGCCAUGAUAAUGGCGUUGCAAACUAGUGGAAUUGUAUGGCCGUUGGAGCUGAUAAGUCCUUACUACCGUUGGGUUUGCGUGUACCUCAACCCGAUCUCCCUGCCGAUGGAGGGGAUGCGUCGUGUGUGGAAUAGUGGGUGGGGUAUGGAACAUAGUGCCAUCCGGACAGCAUUGCUGGCACCGAUCGUCUGGAUCUUCGUCCUUUCGAUGGCGUCGCGUAUUUUGAGGAAGGUGCAGGCGAAUAAGUGAAAAUUAUUGACAAUUGUUUAAAAGAAUUGUGUACGAAAUUGGUUCCUGGAAAUUUAGAUAUCUAGAAUAAGGUCUGACAUAAAAAUUAAUGUUUUUUUUAUAUACAUA